UCUCGGAGUCGUCACCAUAUCACGUUCUAUUUUAUCAAUGAAAAUUAAAAUUUCAUACCUUAUGUUGAUUUGUUGAUGAAAUCUCCCAAAAAUACCACAAAUAGGUUCCCAACCACUUCUAGAACAAACCCUGGAAAGAUUUUAGGCUAGAAAACACUAAAUCAUCUUGAAUCAACCCAUGGGAAGUGAGAUUCUACGGGUUUAGGUUGAAGAAUAAGAGAGAAAGAAAGAAAAGAGAAGAAGGAGUGCGGCGUCUGUAAGAUUUAGGGUUCUCCUGGCCACGCACUUUGAAACCGCGAAAUGACCGGUCAACAAGGUCAAUACGCUGUUAGGAACGACGCAUUUGAGUUUUCCAAUUAUACGCAGUUAGAAAAUGCGUGUUGCGCAGGUUCAAAACGCAUAUCUAUUAGGAAUCUCGGAUACCCAUUACGCCCGGACAUGGUAUUUUGGUGACGUGGAUCCAAGAAUAAGCUUGAAUCUUGGACCGCGAUUAGACCCAGCCUAAGUUUGCACUUUUGCACGCUAUGUGGUCUACUUUAGGGUUUGAAACCAUAAGAUCUUGCGGCCGGGAGAUAAUAUCCACCGUUUCAGCUCUCAAAAGAGUGUAUUGGUGCCACGCAAUAGAUACAUUCUUCUUUACCGCAUUCCCAAUUCCCUUGUCUCAAUUCAUCCCCUUUCUUCUCUCCUUUGCUCUCUGUUUUCGCCGUGGUUCGAGAACUUUUUCUAAAAUGAAAGGCAUAUUACUUCUUUUCUACAACAACAUCAACAAGUAUCUGCAGUCUGUCGAUCUUUAAAAAUUUCUCAUAACCCUGUGUUUAUACUCUAUAUUCCUCACAGUUUUCACAGGGCGAAGCGGAUAUUUGAAGUACGAGGCUUCAUACGCAGAAAUGUCUUCUCCAAGCAAGAGGAGAGAUAUGGAUGUCAUGAAGUUGAUGAUGAGUGAUUAUACAGUGGAAACCAUCAAUGAUGGAAUUACCGAAUUCAAUGUGGAGUUUCAUGGUCCAAAAGAAAGUCCUUAUGAAGGUGGGGUGUGGAAAGUUCGUGUGGAGCUACCAGAUGCUUACCCUUACAAGUCUCCAUCAAUUGGGUUUCUGAACAAGAUAUUCCACCCAAAUGUUGAUGAGCUAUCUGGUUCUGUAUGUUUGGAAGUUAUCAAUCAAACCUGGAGUCCAAUGUUUGAUCUUCUGAAUGUAUUUGAAGUUUUUCUUCCACAACUGUUGCUCUACCCAAACCCAUCUGACCCAUUAAAUGGUGAUGCUGCAUCAUUGAUGUUAAAGGACCCAAAACGAUACGAACAAAAAGUGAAAGAGUAUUGUGACCGAUAUGCAAAGAAGGAGAACGUUACCGAUGCACCUGAAGAAGACGAAGACGGUAGUGAGGACGACUCUAGUAAUGGUUAUAACAGCACAUCAAGUGAUGACGAAGUUGCAGGUCAUGCUGACCCAUGAGCAAAUUCGUGGGAGUGAUGUCUUAGUGAUUUCUUUUCGAACAGUUUUUCAAUUGGGUUAUAUGUUUACUGAUAUAUCCUUCGCACUUGUAAACUACACCAUUAAAUGUAAAUUCGUGAUAGGAGAGUUGGAAGAUUGCUUUA